AUGGAGUGCAUCCUCAGUAAAUUUGCAGAGAACACUGAGUUGGGUGGGAAUGUUGAUCUGCUCGAGGGAAAAGUGCUUCUCAAACCAACAGGAAGCAUAGGGUAUUAUGACACAAGAAGCCCUGCUAGCACAUUGAAGUUUGUGGAUUCAUCUGCAAAACUUACUGAGAAGGUGAAGCUACAAUGUAUAUAUCCAAAAAAAAAGGUGAUAAUCCAGACAUCCUGGAUGAAAAUUACUGUAACUCAUAAAGAAAAUGCAACUGUCUUACAUCCAACCUAUGACAUUCAUAGAAAAGACAAAUACAAUGGAAGAAUUUAUUUUGUAAAUGCUUGCAGUGACGAGUCCUUAUCCUUCAUCAAGAGCAUUUUGAAAGAUGAUGAUCUUUACAUUUGCUUCAUUGUAACUACACCAGAUGGAAUUUUGAAAAAGAGAAUAGGAACUAUUCAGGCAGAUGCUUUUGAAGUGUCUGAGAAACAAAAUAAUACCAUGUUUACCAAAGCAGGAGGAAAUGUUAUUUUUUCUUGCCUUUAUAAAAUUGGAGAUUUGGUGCAGCAAGCAAUGUUGGAAAGGAUUAAAGCAAAUUGAGUAGAUAUUGUCAUUCUGUGCAACUCUUCAGGAAAGCAAAGCUUUGUUUCAGAUUUCAAAGAGCAUACACCGGUGGACUGUUCUCAUCAGGCAAACUCCAGGAUUUUCUUUUGAAACAUUGCAGCCUCUGACUUUGCAAUGUACUGCUGUGUAGCUGCUGGAAGAAACGAAACCUAUGUGAUGAGUUCUACUGUGGCUGCAACUUGGGAUCACAAAUGGUUUAUUACCUAUAUAGCUGGAGGAAUUUCUCCUGCUGUUUUGCUGUUAGUUUACCUAUUGAUCUUCUGCAUCAUUACUGUUUUUUCAAAAAAGUUUUAUGAAUGUGCCAACAGCUCAUCCUACUAUUCUAUUCAGAACCAACUAAGAAAAGGUACAUUUAGAGAUUCUACUCUGUUCCGUGUUAUUAACAAAUUACCCCUUUUGAUUUGA